GAUUCUAUAGAGUCAUGUUCUAUUGUCCGCUGGACUGAUGGAAGAAUGGGCGAAGAUGAUGGAGACGAACUGGGCUGGGUGGAGAAAUGUAAACAGACCAGUGCUCUCAACGGAACUGAUUCAACAUGAUGACAAUGCUUCCCAUGUUGCGCCCUGCAGAAAUGUAAACAGUCCAGUUGCGCCCUAGGUGGAGAAAUGGAGACGAACUGGGCUGGGUGGAGAAAUGUAAAUUUGAACAUUCGUUUUCCUUUUCGAUGACAAUGCUUCCCAAGGUUUUGUCCUUGACAUUUCUGCUACUUCCCACAGACCAGUGCUCUCAUCGUGUUCUGCAGAAUGUCAACAAUCUCCUUGCUUCGUCCACAGCUACGYAGCUGAGGAGUUGCAGAUUGAGAGAAAGAAUCCCUAUUCUUGGUUCUUCGGCUUAGGUAAAAAAAAUGAAAGCAGAGCCUGCGAAAGAAUCUGGAGACCAGUGCUCUCCUUGUGUUCUACAGAGUGUCAACAAUCUCCUUGCUUCGUCCACAGCAACGCAGCUGAGGAGUUGCAGAUUGAGAGGCAGAAUCCCUAAUCUUGGUUCUUUGGCUUAGGUAAAAAAUGAAAGCAGAGCCUGCGAAAGAAUCCAGAGACCAGUGCUCUCGUCGUGUUCUGCAGAAUGUCAGCAAUCUUGGAAGCUUGGUUAUCGACAUGGAUACAGAAGGGUCGGUUCUGACAAAGGUUGAUUCUACGAGUCUUGAAGUUAUCAACGGAGCAAGGAAUCGCCGGAGAAUGUGAUGUCCCUCAAACCGGUGGCAAAUUGGAAAUGUAUCAUUCAUCAUCAAGUGCUGAAGAUUAGAGAAGAAGAUUCACACCUCGGUGAGGACAUCGCUAAAGGUUUCAAGGAAAAGAUCGCUAUUCAAAAUUUGACUUCUCAAAUGGACAGAUUUAUUAUAGCGAGGCCCACCCUACCUUGUUCGUCACUUAGCGGCAAGACAGCCGUUCUUCAUUAAUUCAAGGUUCAAAAGUGAUCUGAUGCUAAGGACGAAGUUGGGUUCCCGCUCCUGGAAACAUGUCAAGGACAAAACCGGAUCUGAUACAGAGGAAAAUACAGAUGCGGUUAAUGAGGAAAAACACAGCAGCUGUAGGAAAAAUACAGAUGCGGUUAUAAGGGUAGUAUGAAGAUUAAAAUAUAUUGUAAUGGUGGAUUUCAACGGAAAGCCAAUGGGAAGGGGUUUUUGUCCUAUAAACAUAGUACAGAGGGUUUUUGUCGCAAAACAAAGUACAGGGAUCUUUGUCACAGACCCCAUAGUACGGGGGGUCUUUGUAAUUUACCCUUUAAAAUUUAUCUAUCUAAACUCUUAAGUACUAAGACAAGAAAAAAAGUUAAGUUUCGAUUGGAGAGGGAGGAGAACCGAACACCAGCUCGAGCCCCCAGCCCACCUCCAUCGCACCUCAGCUCCGGCAGCGGCAGGGUAUAAACAUUUACCUAUGUCACAAGCUAUUUGGUGCUUAACACACUCAGUUUGAAAUUUUAAUUUGGAGAAGGCUAGAUGUUCUUCCUUAGCUUGAUUGAGCAUACUUUGUGUUUGCCCCCUCAUCUACUUAACCUUCCUUUGGAUGAGGCAAUUAAGGGAGAACUUGAGACACUUUUCUUGGAUAAGGUUAUCCCGAAUUUGGGGCUUUGCAUCUCCAUUUAUGACAUUAGAGAUAUUAAAGAUGGCUUCAUCUAUCCUGGAGAUGGUGCUUCAACCUAUACGGUACAAUUCAGAUUGGUUAUGUUUCGGCCAUUUGUGGGAGAGAUUAUUGUUGGAAAGUUAAAAUCAUCUGAUGCCAAUGGUUUAAAGUUGUCUAUUAGUUUUUUUGAUGACAUCCACAUACCUGUCCAUCUUCUGCCAAAUCCAUCCAGUCUUAUGCCCAACCCAGAGAACAAGCAUCAAGGCGUAUGGUCAUGGGAAUUCCAAGAUGAACAAUACCCAAUAGAUGGAAAAGAUGAGAUUCGGUUCCGAGUUCAUAGUAUUAGUUAUCCUCCAAUCCCAAUUGAGCAAGAAAAGGAAGCAAAGCCAUUUGCUCCUAUGGUGAUCACUGGAUCACUUGAUUAUGAUGGUUUGGGUCCUAUUUCAUGGUGGGUAUAGGAGAACCUUGAAAUUUUUGAGCUGAUUAUGGUUGUCCAAGCUGAUUGUAUGACUUAAAAGAAAGUCAAGGUGAUUCAUUUUUUGUCACAAGUAAUUUCUCCUUGGCAAUGUAACAUGUAUGUCAAGUGGCUUUUGCUGCUCUCAUGAUUUUCUCAUUAUUUACCCAUAUUCUAACCUUACUUAUAUAAGAUUUUUGAAAGAGAAAUGUAUAAUCUGAAUUUAAGUGUAUAUUGGAAUUUAUUUAUCUUGCAAUUCUGAUA